AUGUUCAACCCCAGGCACAACGCCAGUGAUGCCAGCUCCGGGCUUGUGGAGCUUCUCGACGGUGAUGCGACAUUGGGAUUGACAACCGAAAAUCCGGCGCAAUUGGGCGCGCCCUCGGCACCGAAGAGAAGUGCCUUACCCUCUGGUUGGGACCAGCACAAAGAGAGAAUUCGCCGGAUGUACCUAGAUGAGAACCAUCCUUUGAAGGAAGUCAUGGCCACUAUGAGCCGAGACUACGGACACAAUGGCAGUACGAAACAGUACAAAAACAAACUCAAGGAAUGGAGGUUCGACACGAAGUACAAGAGGCACAAGACUUCUCGAAACAGAAGAAAUGGGAAUGCUAGGCUUCAUUCUGACAUAGCAAACCGCUCGAUAGCUGCUCCAACCACUGAGCAUCGCCCUCAAGCCUCCGGCGCCCCAAACGUCGACGACUAUGGCCUUCAAGCUCUCGGCUCUGUACGCGCCGACAACCACCAAUUCCAGUAUGCAGAAGGCCUCCAAGCCCAUGAAAACAUCUUUCAACUUGAUCAUGCUGGAAGCGCCAAUGCUCCGUAUCUUGAUGCCGCGGAGAAUGAGGAUGCAUUGGACCAAUAUUUCCCCUCUGGUGAUCUAGGAGUCGCCGAAUACGGUACUGCAAACGCUGCAGGUUACCCUUUCCAGAACCCCGAUUACAGAUCUGCCUUGGACUACAACCUGCAAUUUGCUGAGGCUUUCCAGACUCCCGGUACUGGAGAUGUCGAGAAUCAGCAUACGCAGACCUCUACUGUGGGAAAUGCUAGUACUUCUAGCAUCACGCCCGAGGCAUCGGCAAACAACGAAAGUGACUGGCGUCUUUCUCCUCCUCCUAGACGAUCUUCCACAUCGAGUCUCGCUAUCGGAGUACGGCCGGGCCGAUCCAUCAUAUCGAAUAUAUCGAUAGCGGAACGCGUCUUCUCUUUCGCUCAGCAGCAUGUCGAGACAUCCUUUGCUUAUGGCAUAUGGAAGGAGAAUGGCAGUAACCCAUGCACUAGUUUGAAAUGUCCCAAAGAAGAUCAGGACUUACCCGAGGUUUUCUUCGAUCUGAUACGUUCUGCUGUCUUGCUAUUCACUCAGGGGUCGGCAAUGGAGGCGAUACACAUUGUUUCUAAGGCAUUUGCUCUCGUCAACCCCAUUCUCAAGAGUGGGAAUGUCCGCGCCCUUAACUUUUUCUGGACUUCCCUAGUGUUUCUUGUUCAGUCUGGGCUCAUGGACAUCGCUAUCAGAUUGAUUCGGUACGUCUACGACAUGGCCAAGACACUCAUCGAUCCUGAGCAUCCAGUCGUGCAGAUGUUCAAGCUUCUUGCUCAUAUGGAUGCAACAGAGCUCGAGUCUCUGGAGGCACUCGUGCACAAUACCUGGCAGAUAACUGCCGAUGCUUUUCAGAAGCGACUGUCGAAGGUCCACCCAGAAUAUAUCCGCCACCAAUGCGAUCUCAUCUUCCGCAUAUACGGCCCGAAGGAUGCUGCUACCGCUGAGCGCCGGCUUUGUCAGCUUUACAAGGACUGUGAGGAGGCACCGCAGUCGACCGAACUCAGUCGCAUAACGAUUCUCAAUGCGCGCGGAUACAACUACAUGAACAUAGAAGACUGGGAUAAAGCUGUUGGGGUCGGCCGAAGACUUGAAGAGCAAGCCCAGCUCGCGCAGGAUAUGGACUUGCUCGUCUAUCAGAUUGCUGGUAUGGAAAUUCAAGCGCGAGGAUACAACGAGUUGAAAGCAUCCAAGCUAGCGGUAGCAUGUCUUGAAAGAGCAAAGCCGCUGAUUGCGGAUAGAUGGGGGGAGGACGAUCCUUGGCGCAUCGAGCUCAUGGUUUUGCAGCAGAAGUGGCUUCGAGAGAAUGGCGAAGUCAAGACCGCAGAUGAUAUCAAAGCAUAUAUAAGCAGUAUCGCCGAGAGAAUCGAUGCUGAUUAG